GUAGGGGGGGGACAAGCAGAUACAACUAAAGGCGAAGCCGAGAGCAUCAAACGGGCGCUAAUAGAUGGUAGGUGCGUGUCGUCUGCCCGGAAGAGAAAAAGAGGAACCAGGUCAAAUCGAUUUGAAUGUGAAGCUCCCCCCACCCCCCCGCUUAGAAAUUGAAACACCUAUGUCGUAUGGGGCGGGGUGACGUCUGAAUUCCGGUGGAGAGAGGAGAAAGGUUUAGCUAAAUGGAUACCAGGCGGACUCCACCGGGCGCGGCCAAUAACGUUGUGAUUACACCGGGGGGGCUGUUUAGUCCGAGCUGCGUGCGCUGAAAGUGAGAUCGAAACAGGCGGGUUCGGGCGCACAUCGGCGGAGAGAAGCGUGUCUUUGCGGCGCCACUCCGUCCCAUGCCCGUCACAAGCAUGAGGACAUUAUUAGCAUUCUGCUGUUUUCUCUUGGCAACCGGAGGCGUGGAGCGGCAGACCCCGGCGAGAGACAGGACCACGCCGGGCGCCGAGAACGGCGGCGACAACGUGACGACCGACGGCGGCAGCAGAUACAUCAAGAUCGGCGACGGCACUUCGCAGGAAUUCGAGUUUCCGGAAAACACCAAAGGCGUGAUCGUGAUUUCCUGCCGGUACCGCGGCGCACCGGGGACACCGGGCGGCCGGAGCGUGAAGCAGAUGGUGACGGUUCGCUCUCUGGAGCCCGAUGUUCUCUCCAUACUGAACGUGAGUGACAGCGGCAGUGCGGGGCCGGUCCGGAGUUACGUUAUCAGGAUAAGGUCUGGGUUGGCGGGUACGGCUCCUCUGCGUAUACAGCUUCUGGAAGUGGACCAGAGCUCCGAGCCGGUUUUAGUGGAGGAGCGCACAGACUACUCCAUCAGAGUGUCGGCCGGCGGCGAGGACUCGGGGACUCCGCUCUCCCAGUCCGGUGGGCUGUCCCACUUCUCGGAGAACCCGGUCCUGUUUGCUCUCUUGCCGCUCAUCUUUAUCAACAAGUGUGCCUUUGGAUGCAAGGUGGAGGUGGAGGUCCUCAGCUGCCUCAUCCGACGGCCGGUGCCCUUGCUGUUGGGCAUGGUGGGGCAGUUCCUGAUCAUGCCACUGUACGCCUAUUCCCUGUCCAACCUGGCGUCACUCUCCAGCGCUCUCUCCCUGGGCCUUGUCAUCACUUGCUCCGCACCGGGGGGUGGGGGGGGCUACCUGUACAGCCUCUUACUGGGAGGGGACGUCACUCUGGCCAUCUCUAUGACUCUGGUCUCCACGGUGGUCGCCGCGGCGAUGAUGCCCCUGUCCUCGGCCCUGUAUGGCCGGCUGUUGGGAGUCCACGCCACGCUGCACGUGCCUUUCGUCAAGAUCCUGGGCACGCUGCUCUUCAUCGCUAUCCCCAUCUCGCUGGGCAUGCUGGUGAAGCUGCGUCUGCCUGGCCUGACGCGGGCACUGCUGGCCCUCAUCCGGCCCUUCAGUUUCAUCCUCAUCGUGGGCGGCAUUUUCAUGGCCUACCAGAUGGGGGCGUCCAUCCUGGCCAACGUGGGGCUGCCCAUCGUGGUGGUGGGCGUGACGGUGCCGAUUUUCGGCCUGCUGCUGGGCUACAGCGCCGCCACCGCCGCCCGUCUGCCAGCCCCCCACCGCAAGACGGUGAGCAUCGAGGUGGGGGUACAGAACAGCCUGCUCGCGCUGGCAGUCAUGCAGCUGUCAUUCCGGCGGGCCGAGGCUGACUUCGCCUCGCAGGCGCCCUUCAUCGUGGCCCUUAGCAGCACCUCGGAGAUGUUGCUCCUCGUCCUGGGACAUAUAGCCUACCGCUGGCUCCGGCCCUCCGCCACCUCUGACGCUUGACUCCCUGAUGCCUGAUUGUCUGUGUUUGCCCUGCCUCGGGUCCGCGUGGGAUCACGGACCGUGCCGGAGGCACACAAAAAUGACACUGUGGACGAUGCGUUGAAGGAAACUGGGGGAGGGGGAGAGGGGGGGCAUUUUUUUGCCUCAAAACCAAAGGCCUUUCCCCUCUUUAUCCAGUGUUCUUUAUAAUUAUUAUUAUUUUUUUUUUUAUAUAUUAAAUGGAUCUACUGUAAUUCCACACCCGAAGAGAUGCCUAUCAAAAAAAGAUAUUUUUCUACAGGACUUUUUUUUUUUUUUCUAAAUGAGAAGAUUUGUAUCAUGUUUACAGAGGUUGUACUGUCUUUGCAACGGGUAAAGCCUUGUGUUUUGUGAGGACGUGUCUGUGUGUUCUUGAUUGAAAUGAUUUAAGUAUCAUUGAGUUGCCCUGUACUUAAUGAUUAAAGCGGAGCAUAAUGGGAAUAAAGGUGCUGGUGCUGAGCAAACAAAGUGCUUUUAAUAAAUAUUUAAAUGGUGAUAUAAUCUGUCAGGAGACAUACAAGGAAGCAGGAGAGCCAGUGAGUGACCGGUGUGGAAUUCACCCUCAUGCUACUUCUGGUUUUGAAGGUGUGUCUUUUAAGUACAUUUGACUAAAGUGGUGUGUUCAUUGCUGCAGUAGUCACGUACGAUUGGGGAAAAACCAGUUUUUUCGGCUGGCUGAGGUGUUUGUCCUUUUGUUGGUGUAGGAAAUUUAAAUUAUUCCAGUGAGGCUGGACAGGCAGAGCACAAAGCCAUCUCAGUUCUCUGCUUUGGUCUGUUUCAACCCUUUAACAAUGGGGGAGAACGUCUCGGGUCUGGUGCGCUUAGGUUUGCGGACACUGAGGGGCGGCGCUGAGACGAGCAGAGCAAUGUGACACCCCUCCCCCCACGCCCAUAAGGGAUGCCAGCUAUCCAGCCCAUGUGCUUUGUUUUUCCCAGGAUGCCUUGCAAAACCGCAAGUCCCUAGGCAGUACAAGCAAGCUAGUUAGCAAAUUAAUGCCACAAUUUAGUGUUAAUUCUUCAUGCAACUGACAAGGCUAUUUCCAUGAGGAAUUGACUCGUCUAUUUUGGUCACAGUGUUUUGUUUUGACACCAGAUGUGCCCCCCAACAUGACCGCAAGGAUGCCGUCGUUACGUUACCUGUAAUUAAUCUUUAACGGGGUAAUAUGGGUUAGAGGUGCCUGGUAAACAAAGUCUUGGGCUAUUACUUACAGCCCAGUGAUGGGUGGGUAUUGCCCACAGGAUCUGCAGUGCAGCCAUGAGGAGGCCGGCCGGCUCGCUUCUGUAACUGGAUUAUAGCCCAAGCGGUACCAUGUCCCAUCUGGUCCAUAUGAUAGAGCCACUUUUAUCAGGGAAGAAAGGGGAUUAGAGAUUUUCCAACUUGAGAUUCCAGGUUUGUGUAGGUACAGAUGGAUUAGAGAAGGCUCUGAGCGAGAGGGAGACAGAGAUGUGGAAAGUUCUCUGAGACAGUGUAAUAUGGUGUCUGUGUGUCGUCUGCCUCGGCCCAUGUAUCCGUGUAAUCGCAGGAAUGAGUUCAGGCCAUUUAUUUUUAAUAGAACUGAUCGAGGUCAAAUAGCCCAGGAUCACUUCACAACUACAUGCUGCUCUUGUAGCGGUAAAUGAAUAUUUUUGCCCUUUUUCCUAAUAGAAAAACUCUGUGUAUUAAUAGUUAAAUGACCCUGGUAGCUGGUGUUUCUGUUGCCAGGCCAGGUGUGUUGGAGAGUGUGGGGAGAGUUUUUAGGAGGAACUUACCCCGUCUUCUAAAUAGGUUCUCAUAGCUCCACCUUCCCAGCAGAGCAGGGUUCUCCUGUUCCGUUCAUUAUUAGUGUUAGGCUGGCUGAAGACACAGGUAUGUCAUCUCAGCCUGGACUUCAUGCCUGCGUUGUUCUCAGGCCGCGCACCGAUCCAAAGCGGCUGUCGGCAGGGCCGAUCGUCUGCCUCCCUAAUGAGUGAGAGGGAUCGAUUUGCAGGCCUGAUGCAUGCAUUCGUCAUUAAGGAUGAUGUGCAGAGCGGUCUGUGUCUGAGCCAGGCUUGGGGAUGAAGCGAUAUCGCAGCGGGAAAUCCGAGAGCAAUUUAGUCUCCUUUUAUGAUAAUGCUGGAAAGCUUGUGAGUGUCCAAUUCCAUUCAUAUCAGCCACCGGAAUUGAUUAUGACCUUUCAAUGCUGAAUCUCACUCCAUGCAAUCGGCCACCUUAGAUUAUACUGUCCAGCGUGUGCGAGCAACGAGAGUGUAUCUAUUGCUUUUCACAGUAUUAUACAGUAAGGUAGCUUCCCGGUCUCCUUUUACAGCAGAUUACCUAUUCUGCUGGUUCGUCACAGUUUCUCUACACUCAGGUUUGUCGACAGUGACAGCCCAAUGUUUUUCUUGCGGCAGACAACAAUUUCUCUUGCGUUCCUCCGUGGGAUGUUCAAUCAAAAAAAAAUAAAAAAUCUUCGCUGCAAAAUUCAGAUUUGCACUUUGGCAUUUUAGAUAAUGUUUCCAGCAAUUAACAAGGGAAGGAGCGCAUCGGCUCCCGUGGGCAGGCGAGCCUGUGCACCAGUCAAUUCAGUUUAAUGGUAAUUAGGGAAAUCUCCUGGAGAAAGAAAAUGUCUCUAUAUAAUUAUAUAGCAUCUACCUCAGCGAACAUGCAGUACAUUUCCACAUGGGAACUGCACACUGUGGAUUUGGCUGGUGAUUUUAAUCUGACUGCAGGGGACCUUUACCCUUCCCAGUGUGUAUUAUUAUUAUUCUAAUGUGUAUUAUUAUCAUUUUUAUUGCAGUUAUUGCGCAGUGAUGGGGUCUCUCUUUCUGCAUGCACUUGCCCCUCUCUUGUACAGCAACCCCAUUUUACUAACAUGUCUGCAUUUGCUCCUUUAGCCUUCCGUUACUGCCUAAUAAAUCACAAAGGCUGAGACAGUAAUGGAGGCCGAGGUCUUGCCUCACCCACGCAGCAGUCCUCCCGGGCAAGCGGGGCCGGCUGGCCGUGGGGGUUAACUCAUCCAGGGAAAGGCAGCGUUUCCGGGAUCCUCCCUGGCCUCGCCGACCCUGCCCAGGGGCCACUGGCACGAUAAGGAGAAUCAUUAAAAAAUUUACAAGAAUCAAAGUUUUAAUGAGGUUUGUCUGGCUUUCCCUCGCUCCCCCUGCAUGGCCAGGCAGCAGGCCAUCCUCAGCAGUCUCCCGUUUUCUCUUCACCCGGCACCCGGUCCUUGACCCUCCUUUCAUCUAAUUGCAGCUUAAUGAUUCACAUGAACUUUUCUGUGACACUCUGACCCAGUAUAACUGUCUCACAUUUCAAAUUCACAACUGCGCAGUGUCUCUGACACACAUGCACAUAUUAUAGGAAAUAUUGUGGGGCCGGAGCAUGCUGGGAAAAUGUAAAUAGCCCCUUGUUCAUAUUUUUCUUAAUACUUGUUUUGUUCCCAGUUGUCGUAUGUGUGCUUUUGCCUGUCAUGCGUGAAUCCUGUAUGAUCUUCACGUGUCUUUUAGCCAUUAUAUAACUUACCUACCGUGUGUGUGCCUUACAGUCCGCCUGCUCUCCCUGUGUUUGGCUGUUGUGUGUGGUUCGGUGGUUGCUUAAUCCCUGUGCUCAUCCUUUUAAGGGUUUAAUAAAACAAUAUUAUUUCCCCUUAAA